AUGUUCAGCAGAGCUCUUUCUAGAUACGCUUUCUCUAUGGCCACCCGCCGUGCUGCCAUUGCCUCUCCUCGUAUUGGUAUGAUGGCUUCCGUCAAGAGUUAUGCUACUUUGCCAGAAGACCAAGUCUCUAAACGUAUCAUUGACGUUGUGAAAUCUUUCGACAAGGUCAACUCUACUGCCCCAAUCACCAGUACCACCAACUUCAUCACUGAUUUAGGUUUGGACUCCUUGGACACCGUUGAAGUUCUUGUGGCCAUUGAAGAAGAAUUUGACAUUGAAAUCGAAGACAAAGACGCCGAUGAAAUCAAGACCGUUGGCCAAGCCAUUGACUACAUUGUCAAGAACCCAGAUGCCAAUUAA